AUGAUGUGGCCUCCUCUUCUUGUGGCAUCACUCUUUUCUGGAGCUGUGUAUGCGUUUCCUUCACUUGAUAAAACUGCGGCUCCCAACCUCUACCCCCGAUCUUCGUGCUCGGGCAAUACUGCCACCACUCGGAAUGAGUGGUGUGAUUUUGACAUCUCGACAGACUACUACACUGAGGCUCCUGACACUGGCGUCACUCGAGAAUAUUGGCUCGAGCUUACCGAUGGCACGGUAGCUCCUGAUGGCUUCUCACGCUACGCGCAGGCACUCAAUGGCAGCAUUCCCGGCCCUACUCUCAUUGCCGAUUGGGGUGAUACUGUGGUGGUCCAUGUUAACAAUGCACUCUCGACGAGUACCAACGGCACCAGCCUCCACUUUCACGGCAUCCGCCAGAAUUAUACAAACCAAAACGAUGGAGUUGUUAGCAUUACCCAAUGUCCCACCCCUCCUGGUAGCAGCAUCACCUAUACCUGGAAGGCCACUCAGUAUGGAACCACAUGGUACCACUCUCACUUUGGAUUGCAAGCAUGGGAAGGUGUCUUUGGAGGCAUUCUUAUCAACGGUCCUGCUACUGCCAACUAUGACGAGGAUUUGGGCGUUUUGUUCCUCAACGACUGGAGUCACCAGACCGCUGAUGAGCUGUACGCAUCAGCAGAGACAAACGGCCCUCCUACACUGACGACGGGCCUCAUCAAUGGCACCAACGUCUUUGAUGAUGCCGGUCACCGGUUUAACACGUCAUUUACCGAGGGCAAAACGUAUAGACUGCGUCUAGUCAAUGGUGCUAUCGACACGCACUUUAAGUUUUCUAUUGAUAAUCACACCAUGCAAGUGAUUUCCAGCGAUCUCGUUCCUAUUAUACCUUACAAUACAAGCGUCUUGGACAUUGCAAUCGGACAGCGCUACGAUGUCAUAAUCACAGCCAACCAGUCCUCUGUCGCCGAUAACUUCUGGAUGCGGGCUAUCCCCCAGAGCGCCUGUUCAUCCAACAACAACUUGGACGACAUCAGGGGCAUCGUCUACUAUGGCAGCAGCGCAGGCACGCCUACGACGACGGGCUACUCGUAUACAGAUAACUGCGUGGACGAGGAUGCGUCCAAUCUAGUACCAUAUGUCUCCAAAACGGUUUCGAGCCAGACAACCACCGUGGGCGAGGCAGUAACUGUGAGCAAGAACAGUAACAAUCUAUUCAAAUGGUUCUUGAACAGCACAACCAUGGUAGUUGACUGGGAGGAUCCAACCUUAUUGCAAGUGUACAACGGUGCUACCACCUUCAACACGUCCAACGCCGUCAUCUCGUUGCCCAACGCCAACGAAUGGGUUUAUGUUGUCAUCAGCACGGUAAUUGCCGUGCCACACCCAGUCCACUUGCACGGCUUCGAUUUCUACGUCUUGGCCCAGGGUACAGGCACUUAUAGUGACAGCGUGACUCUCAACACGGACAAUCCCCCGCGCCGUGACGUCGCGAUGCUGCCAGCGUCAGGCUACCUUGUGCUCGCCUUUGAGACGGACAAUCCGGGAGCCUGGCUGAUGCACUGCCACAUCGGUUGGCACACGAGCGAGGGUUUCGGCCUCCAAUGGGUAGUGCGCGAGUCAGAGAUUGCCGACCUCCUUGAUUACGAUGCACUGAAUUCGACAUGCGCCGCCUGGAAGUCAUAUACCUCGAGCAACAGCGUCAUCGAGGACGAUUCAGGCAUAUAG